AUGAUAUAAAAUAAGUUGAAUGGAGUAAAAUACCUUCAAAAAGUUACUAAAACAACUGAAUAAGCUUAAAAUUCUGAUUUUUAGUAAAAAUAGACUUAAAAUAUUCGAGUUUCUUCAGUAUCUUUAUCUCCAAAAAGAAUGCAGAUAUAUAAUCAAAAUUAAAAUAUGAAAAGAUAAGGUAGCCUAACAAGCUUGAAAUUUAACAAAUUUUAAAUUUUUUAAGAUUAUAAUUAGAAAUUAAAAGAAGAAAAUUUUAAUACUCCUACAAAUUUUAACAGAUCACUUGACCCAACUGAAAUAGAUGAGUAAGAUUUAUAUGAUAAUAAUAGAAGUAUUAAUAGAAUUAGUAACUCCACAGGAGAAAAAAGAUUUUCUUAGAGUGAUGAUGGGUAAAGCAAUAGAAGCAGCUAAGAUUUAUAAUCAAAGUUAAAUUAUUAUAGUAAUAUGAAAGAAGCAUAUCUCACGAAUUCUUUAAGCACCCAAUUUGAUGCUGAUAAAAUUAGUGGAAGAAACAAUACAGAUAAAACAAUAUCUACUUGCAUAUCAUACAAAUCCCAUUCAAAUCGUUAGUCGAAAAAUAUAUAUUCUAAUAAUCAUUCUAGCUGUGCUUUGAAUUAGAGAUGUUCAAGUUAGUAAAGCUCUUAUUGCUCUCACUUCAACAUAAAUUCUUCUUAAUCUCCAUGCGAUGCAUCCCCAAGAGACACAUGCAGUUAGCAAGUAAAUAAUGAUAAGUAAAAUUCAACUGGAUUUUAUUAAAAUAUUUAGGAGUAAUCAUAAUAAAAUUCACCUUACAUCUAAUAUUAACAAGACUAAGCAAUCCCAUAGAAUUCCUUUUGUAAAUAAAAUUCAAAAGAAACUUUUUAGCAAAAAGCAAGUAACUCAGAAAAUUUAAUUUAUUAAAAACCUUAUUAAGAAAAUAUAAAUAACUUGUAUUUGAGCGGUUCAAAAUCAGAUAAGUAUAUGGCAAGUAGUAACAUCUAUAACAAUUCUAAAAUAGGAUGUAAUAACAGUGAUCUCCACAGAAUUAAAGAAGAGGCAGAGAGUGAUACUUAGUCCAUUUACUCUUGCUCAGUUAGACUGCGUCAUACUCCACCUUCUUAAAAUAGCUACGAUAGAAAAGUUUCAAAUAAUAAAGAUAUAUAAUAAAAAGUUGUAUUAGCAAGAUAGUUGUUACGUUCUUAAUAAAGUAUAGAUAGCAUAAAUUUGUAAAAGCUCUCAAAUUAAACUUCACCAAAAAGUCAAAACUAAAAAGAAGAUUACAAAAAUUAACAGCAACUUUGCAAUGAGGAAGCUAUCUACUUAUAUACAUAGGAUUUACUUGCCAAUUCUAUUUAAAUUGAUUACAAACAAAAUUAAAAUUCUUCAGGAAAAGGACUGGUAAGAGAAUCACCUAAAGAAAGUCUUAAAGAGUAGAAAAUAGAUAAAUAUGGAAUGAAAGAAGAUAAUUUUUUAGACAAGAAAGACCAAGACUUUAAUAAAAGCUAGCUUCUCGGAAUGAAUGGUGAGUAAAAUGUUUAAUUAAUUAUGUAAAUUUAAGAAAAAACUUAAAACGAACAUUCUAUGGAUAUUAACUAGAACCCAAAAUAUAAUUAAUAAAAUUGUGAUUAAUAAUUAAAUUAAAUUAAUGAAAAUCAAAAACAACCACAAACGGAGAUGAAAAAUAAUCUUUCGCAAUCAUAAUAAUAAUUACAAAUAAAAGAUACUGAGAACUAAGAAAAAUCUUAAAUUUGGAAAGAUAAUUAAUAAUUAAUAACUAAUAGUACUAAAAAAAACGAACUUACUUUAGAGAGUAUAUCUAUUAAAUGGUAGAAAUAGUAAUCAAGUAUCUUAUCGGAAGCUAAUUAAUCUGUUAUCUUAGAUUUUGAUAGAAAAAAUAUUAGCAAUCCUGAAGUCUAAGUAAUUACUCCAAAUUAAAAUUUAAAAACUGAGCUCAAAAACGUUAACAUAGAUCUAGAAGCUAAUGCUAAAUAAAGAGAAUAAAAUUUAAGUGACUAAGAAGAACGCUCCUAACAACCUCCUCCUUUAAUAACACUUUCAUCUUCUCUGAUAAAAAAUAACUAAUUAAAUAACUUUUAAAGUUAAGUGGAUGACUUUACAGAAUUUGAGGUGGAGUAUGAGCGUAUCAAGUAAUUUAUUAUUAAUAACAGUUAAAAAUUACUUGAAAAAAAAACAUUGACAGCUAAAUUUCCAAUUUAUAAGCUUGAUGAAAUUUACUAAGAAAAGAAUUCUUUUAUUCAGAACUCUUAAACUAAUUUUGCUUAAAAUACAAAUCCUAAUUUAAAAGUUUUUGAAGAAACAUAACUAUAUUCUAAUACUGUGAAGUCCUCAUAAAACUCACCUAUUAAUUUAGAAAAUGAUUAGCAAUCAUCCUAUAACAACUUCAAGACAUAACAAUAAUAACAGUAAAAUAAAUAACAAACCUCUUACUUAACAAAUAGAUGCUAUUCUUAGAGAUUUUCUCUUGGUUCUCCCACUUCUUAUAUAACAAACAUAGAUAACAUGAUUUUUCAUCUCUUCACAACUCCUUAAAAAACUGUCACUCAAGUCCUCAAAGAAGUAGAUUUGUAAAGUGUAAUUUGCUAAGACUAGUUAAGUAAAAAAAUACCAGGUAUAAUAGACAGAUGGAAAAAGAAGUAUCUAUUUUUAUAUUUAGAUAAACUUUGCUAUUAAGAGAACUAGAAUUCAAGAGUAUCUACAAUCUCAUUUAAACAUUUUGAUUAUCAGAUAAGUAAAGACGUUUUUAGAAAUACUUUUACUCUGCUAGAAUAAAAUACAAAGAAAAAAUUUACUUUCAAAUGUCAAGAUUCAAAUUAAAAUGAAUUUUGGGUUUAAACUAUAGCAGACAUUAUUAUUUUCAAUCAAAUGUUCGCUAAAUACAAGCUUAAUAAUGAAAAUGCACUUCUUUACUAAAAAUAGCAAGUGUGCUUCCCUAACGAAGUACAGUCUAUCUUAUAAACAGGCGAUUUAAUAAUAUACAGAGUUUUUAAUCAAAAAUCACACAAACCAGAAAAAAAGCUUGAAGUGGCCUUGAUAAUAAAAACCUAGUUUAUUACUUAGGUGUGCUUUUACUCUUAAGAUGAAGGAAUCCUAACCUUACCUUUAGAUACUUUUCUGACUCUUUUUAACCUAGCAAGUCUAAGCUUUAGAAGGUUAGAAAGAGUUAAACAAAACGAUGAAAAGAAAAAUGAAGAUGACAUUACUAGCACAAGUGUUGAAUUUGUAUAAUAGCAUCAAUAAAAUAAUUUUAAAGAUUCAAAUCAUUUAGUGUUUGAAAUUCUAAAGGCUUCAAAUGUUUUAAAAGAGAAAACAACUUCUAAAAUAUUAUAUGAUAGAGAUAUUUUUGAGACUAAUAGAUUAAAUCUCUACACUCAAAAUUGCUCAUAUUCCGAUUUAAUAUACUUAGUUCUAAAAAAUCAUAUUAAUGCUGUCUUAAGCAAUCCUCCACAAUUAAAUAGCAUUUUUAAAGAUACAUCUUAUGUGAGCAGCGAUUCUAGCUAAAUAGUAAAUUUAAGAUUCGCUCAAGAAGUAAUUAGUCCUGUCUCUAACAUGAAUUCUUUUAGAACCCAAUCAAUAAGAUAAAUUCCUCAUAGCUCUUCCAUGUUUUAAACUCAAGAAUAUCACAACGAAGAAGGAAGUAGCAGUUUUGGAAGCAGGAAUAACAUGUUUAGAAAUUUAAGCUACAUUGAAUUUGGUAAAGAAUUUAAAAGAAAUAGUUUUAACUGUUCAUCAUUAAAAUACCUUUGA